AAACACAAAGAGAUAUUUUAAUUGAGUUUGAUUACGCAUUAUUAAUCUUUUAACAGAGAUUCACUUGUUAAUGAAAAUUGUGUUGUGGGAAUAAAUUUUGCUUAAAAAAUGGCUGACACAGACAUUACUUGGAAUCUUAUUACUGCAGCGUUCCCUAUACUGAUGGAUAAGGAAACAGGUAAUCUUUCUACCAAUGAAGAGCUUGAAGAGUUUAAUGUUAUUGCAUACCAACUGAACAACAAACAGCUUAUCCAUUUUGUCGAAAGUAUAAUAAUCGACAAAAUAGAGCAAGACCUUCGCCAGAAAAUAGCCCCUACGUUCUGGGAGAAGUUUACCUCGAGGGAAAGUGAAAAUGAUGGUUUUGAAAAGUUUAGGAAAGCUGUUGACUUUUUAUACGAUUCAUCGCUCUUAUAUCUGCCGACAAUUGAGCGAAUGAGGCAACUUCGGAGUAUUUCUUCUGUUAACCACCCUAUCUAUGGAGAAGUAUCUCUAGUCAAUGCGUUUAAAACUAUUGUUCGAGCAACCUUGCACUCCCAGCUACCCUUGCGAUAUCAAGUAGUGACAGAAGACUUUUACAGGGUUACUUUCAAAGUAUUCUGCAAUAUGGACAAAGAAACUGAUGGUAAUGACUCCGCAGAAGACGUUUUACACUGUGAGGGAUGCGGGGUGGAAGUAGAGCUGUGCAAUUGUAAAUCAAUCCUUGAAAUAUUCAAUGACACCAAUAGGAAACUCAUAGAACUUGACCUACUUGAGAGGUUAGCAGGAGAAGUUUUGACUUCGCUUAUUCACAAAAGAAUAGAAAAUCAUGUUCAAGAAACAUGCAAGGGAAGCUUUGAUACGUCACAUAUUACUUCUUUGGAAAAUUGGUUGGACACCGUUGUGAUGGGCUGGCUCACCAAGAUAUACUGGAGCAGUGAUGCUAUCCAAAAUGUUGACGCAUCUCUUGCAAAGUUCAGGCAGAAACUGAAACAUUUGCUCUACGAGACUUACACAAGAACUCGGAUCGAACAGCUGUUCAAUAUCAUUAUUGAGUAUCCAGACUCAGAACCAGCUAUAGAGGAUCUGCGAGUGUGUCUGCUCAAGACAGACCUGCGCCAGUGUCUGGUACAGAAGCUUCAGAGAGCUCUGGAGACUCGUCUGCUACACCCUGGGGUCAACACUCCUGACAUCCUCACAGCCUACAUCGCUGCCAUCAAGGCCCUGCGCCAGCUAGACCCCACCGGCGUCCUGCUUGAGAUGGUCACUCUGCCUGUCAGACAAUACCUACGUAGUCGUGAGGACACAGUGCGUUGUGUGGUGACCAGCUUGACAGACGACGGACCCAACGAUCUCGCAGAGGAGUUGGCGAGAGGAGAAGCGUUGCAGGUGUACGACAACUCUCCACACGAAGUAGACGUUGAGAACUGGGCAACAUGGAACCCGGACCCUAUAGACGCUGAUCCUUCCAAAACGUCUAAAAGUCGCAGAACAUCGGACAUCAUAUCCAUGCUGGUCAACGUCUAUGGAAGCAAAGAGCUUUUCGUCAGUGAAUACAGGACUCUUCUUGCAGACAGAUUGCUUUCCCAGUUCACCAACAACACUGAUAAAGAAAUCAGAUAUUUGGAACUGUUGAAAAUAAGAUUUGGAGAGUCGGAACUUCAUUGUUGUGAAGUCAUGUUGAAAGACAUGUAUGAUUCAAAACGGAUAAACGCACAUCUGUUGUCCAACGCUAACUUCAAUUUAGCUUCACAGCAGAAAUAUCCAGCAAAUGCCAUAAUCCUAUCAGCUCAGUUUUGGCCUCCGUUUAAAGAAGAGACAAAGCUGGAGUUGCCUGACAUCGCUAAAGAACAGUUUGAUAUAUACACCAAAGCGUUUGAAACUCUGAAAGGCAACAGGACGUUAAACUGGAAGCCUCACCUAGGCUCGGUUACCAUUGAGAUUGAACUGAAAGACAAAACUCUACAACUUACAGUGUCUCCAAUACAUGCAACCAUCAUCUGGCAUUUUCAAGAUAAAACUCAAUGGACAAUUGAAGAAUUAAGCCAAAAGAUGCUGGUUCCAUCCACCAUUUUAAGGAGAAAAAUCACCUUUUGGCAAACUCAGGGACUACUGAAGGAGACAGCCACAGACUGCUUCACUCUGGUAGAAGAGGUAGGAGCCAGGGGAGGCAACAGAGGCAAUGUAGUCACAGAGAUGGUGUGUGAGGAUGAGGAGUCGGAGAGUGCCAUGGCUUCUGCCCAUGAUCAGAGGGAGGAGGAACUGCAGGUUUUCUGGUCGUACAUCGUGGGCAUGUUGACCAACCUGGACUCCCUCCCAUUGGACAGGAUUCACCAGAUGUUGAAGAUGUUCGCCUCUCAAGGUCCCAGCACUGUCGAGUGCAGUCAAAUUGAAUUAAGGCAUUUCCUGGACCGAAAAGUACGAGAACACAAAUUACUCUUCAGUGGCGGUUUGUACCGAUUGCCUAAAAACUAAUUUUUAUCCAUUACUGUAAAAUUUUUUACCUGUACUAUGUAUCAUAGUUUUAUUUUUUGUCUAGUUUCAAUGAUCAUGAUUUUUUUAAAUCUACUUUGGUAAGCUUUUGUGUAUUUGUAAAUAUUAUACAGUAUAUAAUUUAUAUUUUCA